AUGCCCUCCACGCCUUCCCAUGAGGAGACCACCUAUCCGGCCUGCAGGGGACCCCCGAAGGAUGCAGUGGCCAGCGCCUGUGGACACACCUUCUGCGGGCUUUGCGUCCUCCCGCCCUCCCAGAUGGGGGCCCAGCCCUCCUGCCAGGUGUUGCUUUGUGCACUCUGCAAGGAGAAGGAGCCCACGGAGCCUCUCGUGGCCCCUGUGCCCCUGGGCCCUCUGGGGGAGAACUAUGAGCAGCAUGCUGAGAAGAUUUACUUCUUCUGCAAGGUCGAUGCUGAGUUCCUCUGUAUGGUCUGUUGGGAGGGUCCCUCCCACCGCACCCACCCCGUGGGCGUCCUCGACGGGGUGGUUCAGCCCUACUGGGACCAUCUCCGGAACCGGUCGGAAGCCCUGAGCUUGGAGAAGAAAGAGAUGGAGGACACACAGAGGCGGGAAGACGGGAAGCCCCAAGCGCUUCUGACUCACAUUGAAAGCAAGAGGCAGCAGGUGGACACGGUGUUGGAGAGAUUGCAGCUGGAGCUGAUGGACCAGCAGCGUCUGCUGCAGGCCAGGCUGAGGGACCUGGAGAGGAAGAGCUGCAUGGAGAGAGACGAAUACAUCUUCAGGUCAUCUGAGGAGGUCGCCAGGCUUGGGGCCCAGGCCCAGGAGCUGAAGGAGCAGAGUCAGCAGCCAGCAAGGGUCCUGCUGCAGGGACUGAUUGUCUGUAGGUAUGAGACAAAGACUUUUGUGAGUCCAGAGACCAUUUCUCCAGACCUUGUCGAGAAGAUCCGAGAUCUCCACAGGAAAAUACUCCCCCUCCCAGUGAUGCUGAGGACCUUCUCAGGUAAGGGGGAGGGGCAGCAGUUUUCCCCAUCCCCUGAUGGCAGAACAGCAGAUUCUUCCACCCAUCACCGCUUGCUGGUUAUGAGCCAUGGGCAAGCCAGCGGGCCGUCACGUCCUGUCUCCGAGGACCUGCCGCACAGCCCCUGCGCUCCGAGGGUGUCCCGGCGGCGCGCGCCGCCCCGGCUGCUGCAGCCGGGAGCCCGCGGGGAGGCGCGCCGCGAGGGGGGCCGGCCCGCCGCUCUUGCACCUGCUGCCGGGGCGCGCACCUGCGCGACUCCGCCCGGCCGCGGAGCGGGACCCCGCCUUCGCCGCCUGCGUCCCCGAGACUCCCCGCUUCGCCGUCUGGGAAACGGGCUCCUGCAGGCCUGGGCGGCGGAGGGGCGCGUCCGAGGGGCGCUGCGGCGGAGAGCGGCCGGGCUGGCCGCCGGAGACCCGGGGCAAUGA